GAAUGACGGUGGAAAACAAACUUGAGUAGGCCCAAAGAACAUUGGACGAAUAAGAAUAAAGGCCCAUAUUUUGGGCCCACAAUAAAAGUUGUUAUUUAUUUAUGUCCUUAUUUGCAAUAUAAAUAAAUAACUCUUGCAAUACAUACGUAAAUACUUUGAUUAAAGAACAAUGUUGCAUUGCAGCUACUUAAUUAUGUUCACACUGUACCUCAUCUACUGUCUCAAUAUAAUACAAAAUUAUUACACACACACACACAUAUAUAUGUGUAUAUAUAUAUAUAUAUAUAUAUAUAGAGAGAGAGAGAGAGAGAGAGAGAGAGAGAGACAUCUUAAACAAUAAUCCGUGGUGGGUGAGGCUGAGAGUUAACAGAAGUGGGAUAUGGCCAUGGCCUCCCUUUUCCGGUUUCUUCUCCUCCUCCACGUCAUCUCUUCAGGAUCAUUUCAAAUCGCAGUCGGAAUCGGAAUCGGAAUCAACUACGGCCAACUGGCCAACAAUCUCCCGCCCCCGUCCGACGUACUCUCUCUCCUCAAAACCCUCAAAGUAACCCGAGUCAAGCUCUACAACACCGAUUCCGACACCCUAACCGCAUUCGCAAACACCGGAAUCGAAUUCAUGGUCGGCGUCCGAAACGAGGACCUCCAAAGAAUAUCCGACCCCACCCAAGCCCAAUUAUGGGUACAACAAAACAUCCGGCCCCACACCCCGCAAACCAAGAUCACCUCCAUCUCCGUCGGUAACGAAAUCCUCGGCUCCAGCAACAAUCAAUACGCCCCGUUUCUUCUCCCCGCCAUGCAAGCCAUAAGUGGGGCCCUCACUAACCUCGGCUUGAGCGAUGACAUAUACGUGACGUCAGCACAUUCGUACGUCAUCCUGGAGAACUCCUACCCGCCUUCUUCCGGAUCCUUCAAGCAAAACCUCGUUGGAUAUAUAAAAGGAAUUCUUGAUUUCCACUCGAGGACGAAUUCGUCUUUUCUCAUAAACGCUUACCCGUUUUUCGCUUACAAAGCUAAUCCAGCGCAAAUACCCCUCAACUACUCGAUUUUCGAGCCCAGCAAGGGUACGACGGACAACGUCACCAAUUUGCACUACGAUAACAUGUUGUACGCGCAAAUCGACGCGGUUUACUCCGCAAUGAAAUUGUUGGGGCAUACGGAUGUUAGGGUUAGGGUUUCCGAGACCGGGUGCCCGUCCAAAGGGGAGCCGGACGAGGUGGGGGCCACUCCGGAGAACGCGAGGUUGUACAACGGGAAUUUGUUGAAGCGGAUGGAGAAAGAUCGAGGCACUCCCGCGAAUCCGGAUAAGCCGAUCGAUAUUUACAUUUUUGCCCUUUUCAACGAGAAUCUGAAGCCCGGCCCCAUCUCCGAACGGAACUACGGAUUGUUGUACCCCAACGGAACUCCCGUGUACGAAAUAGGGUUGCGUGACGAUGGCUCCCACGGUUAUGUUCUUCCGCAGAUGGAGUACUCGUCUUCGACUAAAAAUGUCAUGUUCUUCUCAAAUGUGUUUCUUCUUUUAUUGAUGUGUUCUUUAUAGGCGGAGAAACAUUAGAGAGUUGCGUACUCGGUGAUUCAGAUCAACUUUCGUUGAAUAGUUUAGUAAUAAUGCAGAGGAAAUAAACAUGUCUUUGUCUAACCAUUUUUUUAGUAAAUUAAAGUUCUUAAGUUUAAA